CCACUUACCACUUACUUGCACUUCCCACUCCCUCCCCUCUCUUCAUUGACAACUCAUUCCACGGCUCCAGACUUAGGAAAUUAUCAUUCAUUCAUUCCUCCUCCAACCAUGUUUGCUGCUCGCCGUCUCACCGCGGGUGUCCCUCGCGCCCUGUCCCAGAGGGCCCUCUUCCACAACACCGCCCCGGCUUUCGUCCAGAAGGGAGACGCCAUCCCCAACCUGGAUGUUCUCGUCGAGAACUCCCCCGGCAACAAGGUCAACCUUGCCACGGAGCUCAAGGGAAAGGGUGUCAUUAUCGGUGUCCCGGCUGCCUUCAGCCCCGCCUGCUCUAGCAGCCAUGUCCCCGGAUACAUCAACCACCCCAAGCUCAAGGAGGCCGGUCAGGUCUUCGUCGUCGCGGUCAAUGACCCUUUCGUGACCAAGGCUUGGGCGACUUCCCUCGACCCUAGCGGCAAGAGCGGCAUUCGCUUCCUGGGUGACCCCUCCGGCAAGUUCUCCGAAGCUCUCGACGUGACCUUCGACAGCGCCUCCAUCUUCGGAAACAACCGCAGCAAGCGUUACGCGCUGCUCGUCGAGAACGGAAAGGUCAAGGAAGCUUUUGUGGAGCCCGACAACAUCGGCCUUGACGUCUCUGCGGCCGAGAAGGUGCUGGGCUAAACGCGUCCGGCUUACCCGUACACCAUACCCCAGCCGUUGUGUAAAAUCUAGUAUACAAGACAUGACAAUAGAUCAUAAUAUUUAUUCCGAUAUAA